AAGGGAAGGGAAAAGAUGGUUAGCAACAUUUCACGGGGUACUCCCCGUAUCCAGGUCUUCAGACCCACAUUUGAGGAAUUUAAGGAUUUUACCAAGUAUGUGGAGUAUAUGGAAAGUAAAGGAGCCCAUAAAGCUGGCUUAGCAAAAGUAAUUCCACCUCCUGAGUGGGUUCCUAGAAAAGGAGGUUACAAUUUAGAUGAUUUAGAUCUGACUAUUCCUGCACCAAUUUGUCAGGUGGUAACUGGCAAACAAGGUCUUUAUCAACAAAUUAAUAUACAAAAGAAAUCAAUGACUGUUCAGGAAUAUAGUAAAUUGGCCAAUUCUGAACGGUAUAGCACACCUCGUCAUUUUGACUAUGAAGAUUUGGAAAGGAAGUAUUGGAAAAAUAUAACAUAUGUGGCACCUAUAUAUGGGGCUGAUGUGUCUGGUUCAUUAACUGAUUCAGAUGUGAAGGAGUGGAACAUUAAUCACUUAGGGACAAUACUUGAUUAUGUGAACAAAGACUAUGGUAUAUCCAUUGAUGGUGUUAACACAGCAUAUUUAUAUUUUGGAAUGUGGAAAACAACAUUUGCUUGGCAUACAGAAGAUAUGGAUUUGUAUUCGAUAAAUUAUUUACAUUUUGGAGCCCCAAAGACAUGGUAUGCUAUACCACCAGAACAUGGUAGAAGAUUAGAAAGACUAGCUAGUGGUUUCUUUCCAUCAAGUUACCAAAGUUGUCAGGCUUUCUUGCGUCACAAAAUGUCUCUCAUUUCUCCACAAAUAUUAAGGCAAUAUUCUAUUCCAUGUAAUAAAAUAACACAAGAAGCUGGAGAAAUAAUGAUCACUUUUCCUUAUGGAUACCAUGCUGGCUUCAAUCAUGGAUUUAAUUGUGCUGAAUCUACAAAUUUUGCAGCACCACGAUGGGUGGAAUAUGGUAAAAGGGCUACACAAUGUACCUGCAGUAAAGAUAUGGUUAAAAUAUCUAUGGACACCUUUGUAAAACGUUUUCAACCAGAAAGAUAUGAAUUGUGGUUACGUGGUGAAGAUAUAGGUCCUCACCCUGAAGAUCCUAAACAAACAGCAGCUCCUAUGCCUUCUCAGAUGGAUCUUUUAUGUAGUAACACUAGCAAUGGACAAUUGCCGCAGAGCUAUUUGAACGCUGCUCCGAAAAACAAACGGCAUACGAUACAUAAAAAGAAGAAUAUAAUGGUCACGAACCCGGAUGUUGAUAUGGAAGAGUUGGUAAACCGUCCUGAUAUUCCAGCAGAUGUCAAAAAAGUGUUGCAAGAUUUGGAGUUAGAAGAAGUAGAUGAACAGCAGUUAGAAGUUUUAGAAGAUAUAUGGUUGAAAGCGGGGGAACUGGAUGUGCAUGAGGCUUCCGUGUAUGAUGAUGGCUAUAAUCGCAAAAAAAGCAGGAAGCGAAAAAAGAAGAACGCUGAUAAAGAUAAGUCGAAGUCCAAAAAGGAUGCUAAUAAAAGUAUUAUAGAAGAAGUUAUUGUGAAGACUGAAAUAAAAGAGGAAGUAGAUGACGGCCAUAACUUCGUGCCCUCUGCAUACCCGGAACAAAGUGCUCACUUAGAUAACAGCGAUCAAGGAAGUUCAAACCUAAUAAUACCACACGAUAGCAUCGUGAACAAUAUAAAAGUGGAAGAAAGUUCAGACUUUUCAGAAAUCAUCGAUAAACCAAUGAAAAAGAAAAAGAAAGUUUCGAAAUCUGGGGAAUCAAAGAAGGUGAAGUCAAAGACCACGAACAAAACCAAACGAAAACAUUUGAAUAUGUCUAUCUUCGAUACAAACGAGCCUUUAGAUGUAUCUGACGCUGACGUACAACGGCAACUAAUGGCUAUGCCGAGUCUUAAUUCACAUAAAUCCUCGACUGUUAAAGAGACCUCCAGUCAUUUAUCAGGAAGUAUAAUCUUCUCUGAUGACCAAGUUAGUAUAAAUCCUAUCAAGGAUAAAACUAUUAUAAAUAUUACGAACAGCAAUCAAAUUAUAAGUCCUGUAUAUGGAGACACAAAAGGAACUGAUAAGCUAUUGGAAAGUACUGUGGAUACGAACUUGUACGCGAAAAAUCCAAAGAAAUCUAACGUGACCACUAUGAAACAAACAUUUUCCAAGCAAACUCCGUUGAAAAACACUAAAAUCGAUAAAGCCGUGGAAUCCGAAUACAUUAGUGAAGAUACAAAAAUCACUAUACAAGAAACUAAACCUAUCAGUUAUACUAGCUGCAAGAGCGUUGGAACGAUUAUAACCGAAAGGCCCAUACCUAAUUAUUCGAAGAAGGAUAUAAUAAAAGCUCCUAGAUUGAGCGUGUUAAAAUCAGCGUACAACAUACCUGCGACUGAAGUUUCUUCCAAGGUUGAGUCUGAAAAAUUGAUCGGGGAGGAGAAUGAUACUCGUACAGCACCGAACAAUGUAGUAGUUUUACCAAAGACUUGGCCUAUUGCCAAACCACGGGAGCCUAAGCUCUCUGGUCCAGGCAUUAUGUUUUUAAAUACGAGCUUCUCUAACCCGCCGAUUUUGCAGAAGGAAACUUCGGUGCAGAAAGCAGGAGGCGAGGCGAAGACCGUGGAAUUAUCAAAACCUGUAACUCAGUGUGCUAUUCAAAUACCACGGUUAGAAGGUUUCUUCGCAAAGAAUGCAGUAUUGGCUCAGCCACUGGUGCAAUCCGUAACGUGUAUAAGUGGAACGAGUACGGAUGUUAAGAGUCUUGGAAAGAGAUCUACCACGGAUACCUCAAAAAUGAUGGCGACCAAAUUUUGGCAACCGUCAACUAGUAACAACAGUUUAUUCUUCUUAAAGGAUACAAGAGACGAGAAGCAGGUUAAUUCUAAUGUCUCGAAUUUGGAUGCUCUUGAAACAUCUUCGUUAAGUUUAACAGGCAACAACACGUUCUUCUUAACCACCUCGCAAAAGUGUACGAACAUCUCAUUGAAUCCUCAAUCCUCUAUGAUGAUCGAUUUUAAUAAGAAAUGUCUGCAGACCUCUACAUCUGUUCCAAAUACGGGACCCCUUUUGAAAAUCAUACCAAAAUCACAAGAUCAAUUAUACGUGAAGAAAACAUUGAAUCAGAUAGAAGAGGCGUACAAAAGAAAAGCGUUCAAAAGUACAAGCACAGUUGUCAGUAACGUUAAGACUGUAUCGACGCAGGUGGACAAUCCACUGGAGGUUAACCAACUUGGUAAAAAUAUGAACGUAACGAGUUUGAGCACUGGCACGCAGUACACUACGAAUCAUUCCAUGUCAGACUUACAAGCUUCUCAGAAAACGAUUACUAUUCCGCCCUUGCAACAGGAGCAAUUUCCGAACGUAAUCGAGGCACACGAGAAAUUACAAAUUAUGGAUAAUAUAUACGCGAAUAUGCCAUCGUUGAAACCUAUCAAACUGACCUCGUCUAGGCGAAAAUCAAAAGAGAAAUUAAAGAAGGCGACCACUAGGAAAAAAGAAUGUGUAGAGACGAAAAUUCUCUCGACGACGAUGAACAUGGAGGAUUCGAGUCCGCUUACAUGUUCCAUAGAUCAACCAUCUUCUGUGUCUCAUCGUGUCUCAAUGGUACCAGGACAUAUAUCGGACAUGUUGUACCCUAGUGUUCCGAAUAACGAUCUGUUAAAGGCGUUUAACGAUUACUGGAGUGCUCAAAUUUCUCACUGCGCGAUUUGCGCACCAUUUACCUCGAAUUGCAACGGACACGGCAGGUUAAUGCCGCCGGAUUGGAAAUAUUGUAAACCCACCGUUUUACCAGAGAGUUCACCGAUAUGGGUAUCUGCGAAUAUAUUCGUUGCAAAUGCAAAGGAACAAAUUGUUGAACCGGAAAAUGAUAAACUUUUACGUUGUAGAGAAUGCCACGUGACUGUUCACGCCUCAUGUUACGGAAUCACUGUAUUACCCACAGAUCUACGAAAUUGGGCUUGCGAUAAAUGUAAAGCUGGCAAAUCGCAAGUGAUGUGCUGUUUAUGUCCUAUGCGUGGGGGUGCUCUUAAACGCACCAGUGAUGGUAAUUGGGCGCAUAUAUUAUGCGCUCUUUUAUUACCAGGUGUAACUUUCAAGGAUGCCAUAAAUAAGGAUCCUAUCAAUGUGCUUACCAUUAAACCAGAUAACGUGAAACAACACUGUUGUUAUUGCGGUCAAAAGGAUGGAGCGUGUCUUAAGUGCAAUCAAUGCAACAAUCUGUUUCAUCCGUCAUGUGGUUUGGUCUCUGGUGCCACGUUUACGAUACCCGUGUAUAAUUCACCAGAACUUCAGGUAACGUGUGACGGACACGAUGACGGGAAGGAAAAGAUACCAACAAUUCGACAAGGAGAAAUUGUUUGGGCUAAGCAUCGUAAUACACGAUAUUACAAAGCCAAAGUGGAUUCUAUACACGAUACUCUGUUUUACAUGGUCACAUUCAGUGACGAUAGUUUUAGCGAAGAUUUGUAUCCAUCAGAUAUUACGAAUUAUGAUCCUGGAAACCCACCGCAACAGGGGGCUGCAGUCGUUGUAAAAUGGACAGAUGGAAACUUGUACGAUGGUAUCUUUGAAGGUACAAAUCACCGAAUCAUGUAUACUGUAAUUUUCGAGGAUGGUUCGCAACUCGUAUUGAAGCGAAACGAGAUUUAUAGCUUACAGGAAGAUAUGCCAAAAAGAGUGCGUUCACGUUUGUCUGUUGCGACCGAAAUGAAGCACCGGUAUCAUCUGUACGGCACGGAGGAUGAAUCGGAGGCGCAAAGAAAGGUGAAACAGUCUAAAUAUUGUGAUUAAAAAGAAAACAAACGAAAUUAU